AUGGAUUUGACUUUGUUCCCGUUCGACAAGCAGUUAUGCAAGCUAGGGUUUGAAAGUUAUGGCUAUACUGCCGAUCAAGUGCACUACAAAUGGUCGUCUGGAUCACGACCUGCUUUGAAACUUCACAAAAUUCGCUUACCGGACUUUACUAUCAAAGAUGCUUACGUGACGAAUCAGAUGGAAAUCUAUGCAACUGGGAACUACUCUCGCCUAUACGUUUGCUUUGUGUUUUCUCGCUCGUCUGGCUUCUGUUUUCUACAGUUAAUCAUUCCAUCAACAGCUGUUGUCAUAACAUCCUGGGUAUCCUUAUGGAUGGAAAGUGAGACCGAGUUUCAGGAUAUGAUAUCGAUUAUUCUGGCAAUUACAUUUUUGAUAUUUUCCUACAAUGAGAUGAUGCCUCGUGUCAGUUAUAUCAAAGCGAUGGAUAUCUACCUUGGUGUUUGUUUUAUGAUCGUCUUUUUAUCAUUGAUCAAACUCGCAUUCGUGAAGUAUAUGCGACAACGGAUCAGGAUUGAUAGGUAUAUGCAACGCUAUUAUGAUUUAAACUGGAAUGAAUGA